AUGGACGCGGCACAGCUGGUCCAGGUGGAGGCGCUGUGCGAGACUCUCUACAACUCCACGGACGAGGCGGCGCGCAGCCACGCCCAGAACCAGCUCCUCAGCCUGCAGACCUCCGCGGAGCGGAUCCCUCAGUGCCAGUACAUCCUCGACCAUUCGGAGAACGCCUACGCCCUGCUGCUGGCCUCGAGCAGCCUCACGAGACUCAUCUCGAGCCACUGGAACAACUUCACGACCCCCCAGCGGGUGGAGAUCCGCAACUACAUCCUCAACUACCUGGGCAGCGUCGGGCCGGGCCUGACGGACUACGUGAGGACGAGCCUGAUCCAGCUGCUGUGCCGGAUCACCAAGUUGGGGUGGUUUGACGACCAGAGACACAGGGAGGUGGUCGAUGCGGUGAUGAGAUUUUUGCAGGCGACUAAUGACCACUACGUGAUCGGGCUCAAGAUCCUAAACCAGCUGGUGGAGGAAAUCAACAUCCCCACGACGGGGAGAACCUUGCCACAGCACCGGAAGACUGCCGUGAGCUUCCGCGACCUCUGUCUUCUGCCAAUUUUUCAGAUCGCGCUUAAGUCAAUGCAGCAGAUCCAGAUGAGGCAGAUCGUGAAUGCGAGCCCGGCGCAGGAGGCGGCCAUGCUGGAACAGGCCUUGUCCCUGUGCACCCGGUGCUUGUCGUACGACUUCAUCGGGACCAAUCCGGACGAGAGCUCGGAGGACGUGGGGACGAUACAGGUACCGUCGGCGUGGCGAGACGUUGUGACGGACUCUUCCACCUUCUCCUCGCUCUUCGAGUUUUACAAGACCACGGACCCCCCACGAUCCAGCCAGGCAAUGCAGUCGAUCGUGCUGCUGUCCAGCGUGAGGCGGUCCCUCUUCUCCAAGGAAACGGACAGAGGGGCCUACCUCCAGCAGCUCAUGAACUUUAUCCGAGAGAUCUUGCAGACCAACCAGGGACUGCACCACCCGGAUAAUUACCACCAGUUCUGCCGCCAGCUGGGGAGGCUCAAGGCUAACUAUCAGUUAUCGGAGCUAGUUCGAGUAGAGGGGUACCUGGAGUGGGUUGAGCUGGCGGCAGACUUUACGGUUCGGUCCCUCAAGGAGUGGCAGUGGUCGACCAACAGCAUCCACUACCUGCUGGCGCUGUGGGGACGGCUCGUGGCGGCGGUGCCCUACGUCCGGGCGGAUGCGGGCGCGAAGAGCCACACCGAGACUUUGCAGGAGUGUGUCGUGAGGGUGGUCCAGGCGUACGUGACGAGCAUGGUGGGGUCGGUAGACGUGAUCGUGCUCGAUCCCUCGACGGACGACCCGCUCGAAGACGAGGGCUCACUAAAGGAGCAGAUGGAGCGACUACCUGUCAUCUGCCGUUUCCAGUACACAUCCGUGGCUGAGUUUGUACUGAACAUCAUCGACCCCGUCCUGGCUAACUACCAGUCCGCGGUUGGGCAGCAGGCAUACGCACAAACCAACGGAGCCGCCCACGGGCAGCAGCAGUCGGUGCUGGAGGGGAAGCUGACCUGGCUGGUGUACAUGAUCGGAGCAAUGGUGGGAGGCUACAGCUGGAGCGAUGCGUCGGCCUCUGAUGGGGAGGAGACGAUCGAUGCGUCGUUGGCAAGGAGGGUCUUCCAACUCGCCCAGGGGCUGGACGCCAGACUCUCGAGUUCGGGUGGGCGGCUUAAGUGCGAGCCUCGAUUGGAGAUCGCGAUCCUCUUUUUUUUCCAGGUAUUCCGCCGCAUGUAUAUGUGGGAGCAGCACGGCAUGUCCGCGGCGGCGGCGCUCACGGGGAUAAUGAUGGGGAGCGGGAUGCCGAAGCAGGACUACGCGCCGACCCUCAAGCAGAAGGUCUUCGCGAGAUUUUUCGACCACAUCGGGAUGGGGGACCACGCCGCCAUCAUUAACGUCAUCGUCACCAAGAUCGGGAACAACCUCAAGUACUGGCCCGAUGACCACGAGGUGGUCUCGAAGACCUUGCAGCUGUUUCUCGACAUGGCCUCCGGCUACAGCUCAAGCAAGAUGCUGCUUGGCCUGGACACGGUCAAGUUUCUCAUGCGCAACCACACGGAGGAGUUCUUCCCUUUCCUGGCCGCUUCGGCAAACGUGCGUCAAAGGACGACGUUCCACCUCACCCUGGCGCGGCUCAUCUUCACCACCUCUGACGACAUGGUGGCCAUGUUCGAGACCUUCAUGGAGCCGCUGCUCAACGUCCUGCGGCAACUGGCGGUCGCCCCUACCUUCCGGCAGGAGAGCGUGAAGCACGCCCUGAUCGGGGUUUGCAGGGAUUUACGUGGCGUUACGGCCGCUACGAACAACCGCCGAUCUUACGGGAUGCUGUUCGAUGCGUUGUACCCAGCGCACUUCGGGGUAUUCGUGAGAGCGUCGGAGGAGUGGUCAGAUAGCCCGGAAGCGACGACGUCCUUGAUGAAGUUCAUGAUGGAGUUCGUCUACAACAAGGCACAACGGCUAGUCUUUGACCAGAGCAGCCCCAACGGCAUUCUUCUGUUCCGAGAAUGCUCCAAGAUCGCAGUCGCCUUCGGAACGCGCCUCUUGCAGCUCCCACCACCGCAGGCGACCAACGUGUACCGAGAAAAGUACAAGGGUAUCGCGCUCUGCCUGGGGAUGUUGAGCACCGCCUUGUCGGGGACGUACGUGAACUUCGGGGUGUUCACGCUAUACAACGACAAGGCGCUGGACAACGCAUUGGAGACGGCGUUGCAGCUGGCUUUGAGCGUGCCGCUGGCGGACGUGACCGCGUACCCCAAGCUGUGCAAGGCGUACUUCGUGUUCUUCGAGAUACUGUUCCGGAAUCACAUCACAGUCGUCGUCGCUCUCGACACGCCCGUCUUCAUGCGCGUCAUGCACGCUCUGCACGAGGGGCUUCAGGGGCUGGACGCUCCGUUAGCCUCGCAGUGCGCGGCGACGAUCGACCACCUGGCGACGUACCACUUCAAGAACGCCUCCAAGGAAACCCCCGCGAUGCUGGUCCUGAAGGGGCACCUCUCGAGAGAGCCGGCGCUGCUGUCCGGUCUCAUGGAGACCCUCUUCAACAUCCUGCUGUUCGAGUCCAUGUCCAACAACACGGCCAACCAGUGGGCGGCGUUCAACAAGUACAAGAACAAGUUGACAGAGUCGCAGUCCGUGUCCAACCGACAACCGCUCGAAGAAGCCUUCGCCAAGCUCUUGGCCGAUGUCCAGCGGAACCUGGA